GGCUAUUUUAUCAUCUAGCCCAAGUGUGAAGGUAAAACUAGUCAACUACUUUACCUAGACCUAAUAACCGAUCAACAAAAAGAGGGAAAAAAAAAUUCACAUCGUACACAUCAAUAUUCCACCAACCCAACUUCAUUACAUCUGCGGAGCUGCCGAGGUUCAUAACUUAUCCAACAACAGGAAAUCAGGACUCAGGAGCCUUUGUUGUAGAAUUUCGUCAAAUGGCCGCCAUUUCUGGAGCUGUUUUGAAGUCACUGAGUACUACAGGAGAACAAAGAAUUUGUCUUCUUAGACAAUGUAGUAAUCCCAUUUCUCGUAAAUUGGGAUCUGUGCAAUUCAAAUUUAAUGUGGAUUCUCAAUGUAGAUCACUCACCUCUUCAUCUUCCUCAGGGGUGAGAGCUCAAGUUGCUACAUUAAACCAAACAAGCACUGAAGUCGCACAAAAUGUGGAAGCUCCUGUUGCUAUUGUCACCGGAGCAUCUAGAGGUAUCGGAAAAGCGACUGCAUUAGCCUUGGGAAAAGCUGGCUGCAAGGUCCUGAUUAAUUAUGCAAGGUCUUCAAAGGAAGCUGAAGAUGUUGCAAAGGAGAUCGAGGCUUAUGGUGGGCAAGCUCUUACUUUUGGAGGCGAUGUAUCACAAGAAGCAGAUGUAGAGUCCAUGAUGAAGGCUGCAACUGAUGCCUGGGGAACUGUUGACAUAUUAGUGAACAAUGCAGGAAUUACAAGGGAUGGUUUGCUGAUGAGAAUGAAGAGAGCUCAAUGGCAGGACGUCAUUGACCUGAAUCUUACUGGCGUGUUCCUCUGUACACAGGCUGCUGCAAAAAUUAUGAUGAGGAAGAAGAAGGGAAGGAUAAUUAACAUAACCUCUGUCGUAGGUCUGAGUGGAAAUGCUGGACAGGCUAAUUAUAGUGCUGCUAAAGCCGGAGUAAUUGGUUUCACUAAGUCAGUUGCUAAGGAAUAUGCAAGUAGGGGAAUGAAUGUUAAUGCUAUAGCUCCAGGGUUCAUUGCAUCUGACAUGACUGCAAAGCUUGGGGAAGAUAUUGAGAAAAAACUCUUGGAUGCCAUCCCCUUAGGGAGGUAUGGUAAACCCGAAGAAGUUGCUGGACUAGUGGAGUUUUUAGCCCUCAAUCCAGCAGCCGGUUAUAUAACUGGACAGGUGUUGACUAUCGAUGGGGGAAUGGUUAUGUGAAGUACUCAUUAUCGCUAAAAAAAAUGCAUCAAAAUGGGGACGAUAUGAGCAAGCAUGAGCUCAACGGCUGGGCGUGUUCGGUUCUACUGUGCUUUAAGUGCAUUAUAUGUUUAUUUAUUCAUAAAGUUUGAAAUUAGUUGCAUAAUUCUGUAAUGGUACAAUAUUUUGCUAAUGAAAGAGAAGUAUAUUGAAGGUCAUACAUCAUGUCUUCAUCAUCUAGUGUGCUCGAGCUCGAUUGUUGUGUUAGGCUUGAUCAAAUCUGAACUUGCUCUGGCCUUCGAUAUAAAUUUUGAUAGUCGUCUUGUCAAACUUCGAUUCAAUGUUGAGAAUAUCGCUCUUAUUCAUGUUAUAGCUCCUUUCAUUAUCAUUACAUAAUUA